AUGAGGAGAUAUGAUAUUGAGAUGGGGCCUUAUCAAUCGGAACUGAUAGUAUUUCCUAAAACUAAGUUUGGGGACAAGAUGCGUCAAUUUAAUCCUGAUUGGUAUAAGCCUCCAUAUUCUAGUUGGUUGGAAUAUAACAUAAAAGACGAUGCUGCAUUUUGUUUGUAUUGUUAUUUGUUCAAGAAUGAAUUUGAAAGUCGUGGUAAUGCGGGGAGAGCAUUUGUAGAUGAUGAUUUUAGGAGGGAACCAUGGUUUCUCCUAAGAAAUGCAUUAUCAUUUCGUGGUCAUGAUGAGAGUGAAGAUUCCGAAUACAAAGAUCUUUUUCUUGAACUUUUGGAAUUUCAUGGAAGCAACCGUCCAGAUAUGGAAAAGUUGGAAUUACCACUUGUCGUUCUGUCUAGAAAACACUUCGAUGUGAAAAAUUUAUUUUAUGUUGUCACUAAUGUAUUGAAUACUAUUGGAACAUCUUUUAAGCGUAGGGAAUUACUUCGACAACACCAAGUGGAGAAGUUGGAAGAAUUGCUUAAAGCCGGAGAAAUUUUUACUGGGCAAGGAUUAAAUCAAGAACGUGGUCUCCAACGACCGGGUGAUACUCGUUGGGGAUCUCAUUUUAAGACCUUGAAAAAUUUCAUGAUUAUAUUUUCUUCAAUUGCUAAUGUGCUUAAAGAUAUGAAAGAAGAUUCUCCACUCAAGCUUGAUAGACUUGUAGCAGGAAAUCUUUUGGAUAACAUUCAGGAAUUUGAAUUUGUCUUAUUUUGCAUUUGA